AUGCGUACCAGACACUCAUCGUCCUCGGCACUUCUCGAUCGUCACACAACUGCCACAAAAGCUCCGCCCAUUCCUAGACGCUCAUCCGAGGAUUCGGGUGGUGCUACUAAAGACAUCACUUCCCUCAAUCAAUUGUGGAAUACCCUUAGGCAACAGAAGCAGCGCCAAAUGGCCAAGGAACCUCCAAAAGUCAGCUCCUUGAAGGCACCGACGCCUACAUAUUCACCUGCCCCAUCACGGACACCGGAUCCUGUAGGGGUGAAAAAGGUGAUGACGCCUCAACCUCUCAAGAGGCGGAAGUCAAAUGUUUCGUUUCGGGAGUCCCGUGAUGGUCGUACUGUUACGGCCACUUUUGAUCUACCGGGGAUCAAAAAAAAUAAUGCCCAUGUCAGCUAUCGCGGCAGUCAUCUGACUGUGACAUGGGAAACAGUGAAGAUCACUGAGAUCGAUGAAGGAGGAACACUGGUGAGGGAACGAGAAAAAAAGGAGUUUUCGAGGACUAUUCCUCUUCCAGAGGGAACCAAGUUUGAAGAAGUUGGUGCACGUAUGGACGAACGUUAUUUGAUCCUGACAUAUCCAAACAUGCGGUCAGUACGAGUGGAGCCUCGACAAAUGGGUAACCGGCAGGUUGAGCCUCGUCGCAUAGAGCCCACGGAGAUCGAAGCCUCAGAUGUAUAUGAAUAUUAG